AUGAAUCGACCAGGUGUAGGACCGCAGGCCAUGCGUGGCAUACCCAAUGGAUUCCCAAAUCAACAGCAGAUGCAGAACAGGAACGUAUCAAAUAGGAUACCACCCAGUGGGAAAAUGGCAAACAAUGGAGCGACGUGGGCAUUUGGAGGUGUACCGAUGGGAGGAGCAGGCCUAGGAAAUCCACGCCCAAACAAUGGACCUAUGGCAAGCUUUGCACAAACAAUAGGAGGAUCUUCACAACCAGCUACACCACUAGAUUUGUCUGAGUUUCCCUCACUAUCAGGAAACCAGCCUCAGCACAAUCAGUCAACAUGGGGAGCGGCAGGAGCACGUAAUAUUGGCCCAGCAAAUAUACGGUUACAGCAAUCAGCUGGAUUAUCCGCACAACAUGCUGCGCAACAACAGCAACAAGACGAGCUCUUCAACUCAUCAACUCAAUUAUCGAACAAUUCGGGUGGGUUCAGAUUUGGGGCACAAAACGCAGUUGGUCAGUCUUCCCAACCGAGAAGCGCAGAUGAUUUUCCACCUCUGGGAAAUUCGAAUGGAGAGAUCGGCCAAGAUCGAAGCUCUGGUCUAUUACAAAAUGUGGGGUUUGGAGCCAGUGGGGGAUUAGGAUUUGGUUCUAAUAACCCACCACAGCAACAGCAAGCCAGGAGUAAUGGCCUUUUAAGUGCAUUAUCUACUGGUGGCCGAGUGGCACCAGGCAAUAGAAUUGAUUCACCAGCAAGUUUGUCAGGCCCAUCCACGAAUAGAUCCCCAAUAGACUCCAGCCGGCAAGGUCUACCACGCCUUGGAGAGAAUGAAGUCGGGAGCUUUCCAGACACUAAUUUUGGCUCGUCAAAUCCAAUACCACUUAGAGAAGACGAUAAUCAACAAUUUAAUAUGCCUACAGCAACGAACUCUCGACCAGAUGGCCCAUCAACCCUAACUCAAGCACAAGAACUCGACCCUAGUUCUCUAUCAAGAAGUGCUGAUAACGCGGACUCUAAAGUACAAGAUCCAUUAGCUCACAUGAGUGAUGCCGACAGAUUUGGACUAAAGGGAUUUUCCUACAUGAUGAACAAUUUUCCCGACUAUGCUGCUCUUGUCACUGGAACCGAUAUCAGCCAUCUGGGCCUCGAUCUAAAUUCUGAGCAACCUAUCUCAAACCAAAUCUACUCUUUAUGGGACAACGAGCCCCCACGACCAGAUGUCGCUCGUUUCAACCUCCCUGAAUGUUAUCGCGUUCUUAAUGUUGCUCCUCUCGAAAGCAAGAUGCCUAAUUUCAACGAAGAAGCCUUAUUGUUUAUGUUCUACAGUAAUCCGGGUGACAAGCAGCAGCUUAUGGCAGCAAGGGAGCUUGGCAAUAGGAAUUGGCGUUAUCAUAAAAAGAUGCAAGUUUGGCUUACCAAGGAUGAUUUGAUGGUUCCUCGUCAACUUACCCAACAGAUGGAGCAAGGCUACUACAUCUUUUUCGAUGUAAAGACUUGGUCAAGACAACGACGGGAAUUCACAUUGUCUUAUGAUGAUUUGGAAAGAGUCGAAGAUCGGUUUUAA